AUGAGCUUAGUACACCUGCCAAACGAAAUACUUCUCUUCAUCACUGAGCGACUCCAACGCCCCAGGGAUAUCAAUGCACCCUCCCAGGUCACCCACCGCCUCUAUACGAUCGUUAACUUGCAUCUUUAUCGACACAACGUCCGCUUCGGUCACAGCACUCCCUUGCAAUGGGCAACAAGGCACGGGCUUGUGUCAACUGCCCGUAAAUUGCUCGAUGAGGGAGCCGCACUUAACGCCUGUGCCGGAUCAUCCUGGAAGCCACUGGCGCUCGCAGCUAAAUACAGUCAUGAAGAAAUAGUCCGGAUUUUACUAGAGAAAGGAUUCGAUCCAAGACCUACCACCGGAUGGACAGGCGAGACCAGAAUUCUUGGGACUCCGCUUUCAUUGGCAGUGGGAAAUGGCUACGAGUCGGUAGCCAGACUAUUAAUCGCGCAUGGCGCGACCUAA